GACACAGAAACAAAUAGAAAAAUUGCCAAACAGAACUCAAGCAAUUUUCCGGCUUGUUUGUUUAUAUUUUAACUUGAAAAGUAUAUAAACAAUUGACAAAUAAAAUGAAUGAUUCACCGAUAACUGAUCAAAAUCUCAUGGAUAAAUCCAUGAGAAGUGUAUUUGUUGGAAAUAUUCCUUACGAAGCAACUGAAGAAAAUUUAAAGGAUAUUUUUAGUGAAGUUGGACCAGUUCUUUCUUUCAAACUUGUUUAUGAUCGUGAAACUGGUAAACCAAAAGGAUAUGGUUUUUGUGAAUACAAAGAUACACAAACAGCUCACAGUGCAAUGAGAAAUUUAAAUGGUUAUGAAAUUGGUGGACGUACAUUACGUGUUGAUAAUGCAUGUACAGAAAAAUCACGUAUGGAAAUGCAAAGUUUACUUCAAGGACAAAAUACUGAAAAUCCAUAUGGUGAAGCUGUACAAUCAGAUAAAGCACCAGAAGCUAUUAGCAAAGCAGUUGCAUCAUUACCACCAGAACAAAUGUUUGAAUUAAUGAAACAAAUGAAACUUUGUGUACAAAAUAAUCCAAAUGAAGCUAGACAAAUGUUGCUACAAAAUCCUCAACUUGCAUAUGCAUUAUUACAAGCACAAGUUGUCAUGAGAAUUGUUGAUCCACAUACUGCUGUUACUAUGCUUCAAAAAGCAAAUCCAAUACCACCAUUAUUAUUGCCAAAUGAUAAAUCAUCAACUUUACAUAAUAUUCCACCACCAAGAAUUGAAGAACCAUGGGCAACUAUCAAUAGACCACCACCUGUUAUUAAUCCACCAGCUCCAAUAUUUGCUGGACAAGAUGUUGAUUUACGUACACUGGAUAGACAAAUGGAUCCAAGACUAGCUCGAAUGGAUCAAGAUCUUAGAACACAACCAGUAAUUCAACCAGCUCCAGUUGUACCACCAGUUAUUCCACCUGUUGUUGAUAAUCGUGCUGCAUUCAGUCUUCCUGACAAAUUUCUUCCUACUUUGCCUAGCGUACUUCCAGUUGAUGGACUUGAAAGUGCUUUUUGCCGAGAUCCAAGAGCUGAUAGAUUUGGAAGAGAUCCACGUGAUCCAAGAAUGCCAGUUGAUCCGAGAAUGAAUAAAAUAAAUCCAACACCAGUAACAACUGUACCACCACCAGUACCACGUCCAGUUGCAGCUCCAGUUGUAGCACCAAUUGUACCAAAUACAAUGACAUCAGCAACACCACCAAGUGGUCUUUCUUCAAUUGCAAGUAGUACAGCAACAUCACGUCUCAUGGCUGGCAUGUCACCUGCCGGAAAUAUUCCCAGUGGUGCUUCCGAUCAAGAAAAGGCUGCAUUGAUAAUGCAAGUUUUACAGUUGUCUGAUGAACAAAUCGCCAUGUUACCACCAGAACAACGACAGAGUAUUCUUGUGCUCAAAGAACAAAUUGCUAAGAGCACACAACGAUGAUUGUCUUAAUGAUAUUUUUUAAAUUUAUAAUAAUACACUGUCAUAACGAUUGAAACACAUUAUAAGUCUAUAUAAAUCAUGAAAAAAUAAUAAUAAAAAAAAGAGAAAUACAAUAAAGAUA